AUGGCUGCUUUAGUGCCAGCGACAGCCCUCCGUGCACCCGGUGCGGCGGUGCACCAUGGUUCCUCGUCAACAACUUUCGCCGGAGGCGUGUCGUCGUCGCGGCUCCUUCCCGCGGCGUCGCCAGCCGUCGCCAGCCGAAUGCCCGUUGCGAUCCGUGCCGUCGCAGUGCCUCCUGCUCCCAGCAAGCAGAGCACCUCCGCUUCUACCGGCGCGGUGAAGUCCCCCAUGACGAUGACGGAGAAGAUCCUGGCGCGCGCGGCGGAGCGGGCGCAGGUUGCGCCGGGCGAGAACGUGUGGGUGAACACGGACGUGCUCAUGACGCACGACGUGUGCGGCCCCGGCACCAUCGGCAUCUUCAAGAAGGAGUUCGGCGCCGACGCCAAGGUAUGGGACCGCGAGAAGAUCGUGAUCAUCCCGGACCAUUACAUCUUCACGGCGGACGAGCGCGCGAACCGCAACGUGGACAUCCUGAGGGACUUCGUGCAGGAGCAGGGCAUCAAGUACUUCUAUGACAUCACCGACCGCUCCAACUUCCAGGCCAACCCCGACUACAAGGGCGUGUGCCACGUGGCGCUCGCACAGGAGGGGCACUGCCGACCAGGCGAGGUGCUGUUUGGCACGGACUCGCACACGUGCAACGCUGGUGCGUUUGGGCAGUUCGCGACGGGCAUUGGCAACACGGACGCGGGGUUUAUCCUCGGCACUGGCAAGUGCCUGCUCAAGGUGCCGGCCACGCUCCGGUUUGUGCUGGACGGGGAGAUGCCGCCCUACCUGCUCGCCAAGGAUCUCAUCCUGCAGAUCAUUGGUGAGAUCGGAGUGGCAGGGGGCACGUACCGGGCCAUGGAGUUCACAGGCACUGCCGUUGAGGCCAUGACGAUGGAGGAUCGCAUGACGCUGUGCAACAUGGUCAUUGAGGGCGGAGGCAAGAACGGAGUGGUGGCGGCAGACAAGACCACCUUCGCCUACCUCGAUGGCAAGACCACGUUGACGCAUGAGCCUGUCUACAGUGAUGGCAACGCCAGCUUCUAUGAGGAGUAUCGGUUUGACGUCUCAAAGCUCAACCCUGUCGUUGCUAAGCCGCACUCACCGGACAACCGAGCAACGGCGCUGGAGUGCCGCGACAAGAAGGUGGACCGCUCGUACAUCGGCUCGUGCACCGGCGGCAAGACCGAGGACUUCCUCGCCGCUGCCAAGCUCUUCCACGCCGCGGGGAAGAAGGUUGUAGUGCCAACCUUCCUGGUGCCUGCCACUCAGAAGGUGUGGAUGGACAUCUACACCCUGCCUGUGCCGGGGGCAGACGGCAAGACUAUGGCGCAGAUCUUUGAGGAGGCUGGCUGCGACACGCCUGCUGCCCCCUCCUGUGCUGCGUGCCUGGGCGGUCCCAGGGAUACUUAUGCCCGCAUGAACGAGCCCCAGGUGUGUGUAUCCACUACCAACCGCAACUUCCCGGGCCGCAUGGGUCACAAGGAGGCUCAGAUUUAUCUGGCUUCGCCGUAUACUGCCGCGGCGUCAGCGCUCACUGGCCACAUCACGGACCCUCGGGAGACCGAGGAUGUCACGGCGACAAAAGGGAACGAGUUCGAGGACUACUUCUUGAAAAGGGAGCUUCUGAUGGGAAUCUACGAGAGAGGGUUUGAGAGGCCAUCCCCUAUUCAGGAGGAGAGUAUACCGAUUGCCUUGACGGGAAGAGACAUCCUUGCUCGUGCCAAGAAUGGAACUGGCAAGACUGCUGCCUUCAGUAUUCCAGCUCUAGAGAAGAUUGACCCCUCCAGGAACGUCAUCCAAGUUGUCAUCCUGGUCCCUACGAGAGAGCUUGCGCUGCAAACUUCUCAAGUUUGCAAAGAGCUUGCGAAGCACAUGAGCAUUCAGAUCAUGGCGACGACGGGUGGCACGAGUCUCAAGGACGACAUCAUGCGUCUCUACCAACCAGUGCAUCUCCUUGUCGCUACGCCCGGCCGUGUACUAGAUUUGGCGAACAAAGGCGUGUGCAACCUUAGAGAAUGCAACAUGCUGUGCAUGGAUGAGGCCGACAAGCUCCUCUCUCCAGAGUUUCAGCCUCUUGUGGAGCGCCUUAUUGGCUAUCUCGCUCCAACGCGACAGAUUCUCUUGUACUCAGCCACCUUCCCUGUGACAGUGAAGUCGUUCAAAGACAGAUGGCUCAACAAGCCGUACGUCAUUAACCUCAUGGACGAGUUGACCCUCAAGGGUAUCACUCAAUACUACGCCUUCGUGGAGGAGCGGCAAAAGGUCCAUUGCCUCAACACCCUGUUCUCUAAGCUACAAAUCAACCAGUCGAUCAUUUUCUGCAACUCCGUCAACCGCGUGGAGCUUUUGGCCAAGAAAAUCACGGAGCUUGGCUACUCUUGUUUCUACAUCCACGCAAAAAUGCUGCAGUCCCAUCGCAAUCGCGUCUUUCAUGAUUUCCGCAAUGGGGCUUGCAGAAACCUGGUCUCGUCGGAUCUUUUCACGCGAGGAAUUGACAUUCAGGCUGUGAAUGUCGUCAUCAAUUUCGACUUCCCUAAGACGUCUGAGACCUAUCUCCACAGGGUCGUCAAGCGUCGAGGAUGUCUUGGACUCGUGGAAGAGACGGCUGAAGCGUGCGGCUUCAUGACACUGAUUAUAUAUGGAACGGGGUCCGGAGCAGCGUUUCUUUUCAGUGAAGAUGAAGGGGAGGGAAUAGCAGCUGCUGCAUGGACGGGGGCUGCUGUAGCGGCCAGUAGCGGUAUUGCAUCGUUUCAAGCAGUAUUGGUGGUGGUGACUGUCUCGAAGGCAGGGGGGGGGGCUGAUGGAGCUGUAGGAGGGGGAACUACCAGUGGGUUAUAUCUCUUGGCGAACAUCGUUCGGCGGCGGUGUAAGGGCGAGGUGUUCAGAGUGUCGCAGCAGCAGCAGCAGCAGCAGUAG